AUGCGACCCUCCCUCCGCCCGCCAUGGCCCAUCAAAACACAGCUCCUCCGCUGGCACCCCCGUGCUCCGCAAAGCAUCCCACGUCGCAUCGCAACCACUUCUGCUGCCAAUGCUGCCCCGAUUGACAUCCCCAGUCUGAUCCUCUCACCUGGCUCCAAGCACCACAACUCGCUCUCUUCAUACGUCGCAUAUGCAAAGCAGCGGAAACUUGGACCGGACAGUCCAAUUUAUGUCGGCACCCACUACGAAUACACAGUCGCCUUGUCGCUUCUCCGCCUGGGCUUUUCCCUGCUGCGCGUCGGUGCAAAAUCAGAUGCCGGGAUAGACCUCAUAGGCCACUGGGUCCUCGCUCCUCUCCACGAACCUCUGCGCGUCAUCAUCCAGUGCAAAGCCCGCACCAUGUCUGUCAGCCCCUGCCACCUGCGCGACCUCGAAGGCUCCUUCCCCGGCGUCCCCCCUUCGUGGCGAAACCAAGACGUCCUGGGCCUGCUGAUCACCACGCAAAAAGCCACAAAAGGCACCCUCAAAGCCCUCGGAGAAUCCCGCCGUCCCAUGGGCUUCAUAAUGAUCUCGCACGAUGGGCGCAUCCAGCAAAUUCGUCUGGAACCGCGCCGCCGCCGAGCGCGGACUGGAAGGCGCACGCACAAAGACAUCCAACUCACCUGGCUCGGCACGCCCAUCUUCCCCGAGCGCGAAUCCCUCGACGCCGACACGCUCGCCCUGAUGCGCCAAAUUCAUCCCAAACCGCCCUUCCAGUAUUAUCAACGAGUCGAAACACGUCUCUCGUCGACGAAAAUCGACGCCGCGCUGCGCGAUCCUGAGCCGCGCGGCGGCAUGGUCGAUCCGGAGUCGGCGGAGAAGGUUACGAAAUUGGCAAUGCCGGAGAGCAGCGAGAAAAAGCCUAGGGGGAGAGGGAGGCCAAUCGGGAGGAAAAACAAGCCCAAGGUUAAGCCACGGGGGAGGGGGAGGCCCAAGGGGAGUAAGAAUAAACCCAAGGGGGAUGCGGAGGCGGGGUGA